AUGAAGUUCCAUUUGGUAGCCCUUCUGGGCCUGCUCAGCGUGGCUCUGGCGGAUCCCUCGCCCACUCGCCCCCCGAUCCUGCCCUGCGUGCACGCGGCCACCGCUGGCUACGCGUAUCCGCCGCCGGCGGAGGUGAAGUUCUCCAUCUCGCCGGGAGUGACCAAGUACAGCCAGAGCCCGGCGAUCUCCACGUACGCGGAGAACGGCCACCUGCUGCACACCUCGGUGGGAAGUGGAGGCGCCUCCUACCAGUCGACGGCCGGAAUCGAGGGCGUGUCCCACGGGGGCAUUGCCCAGAUCGACAAGUACAUUGCUCCGGUGCAGAAGACCCUGUUCACUCCAUCGGCGGAGUACGGAGGUGGCAUCACCUAUGCGGACAAGUCGCCAGCCGCCAAGUACGCCACCGUGGUGCCAUCUGGAAUCGAGAUCAAGAACUUGGUUUCGCCAGCCAUUACCAAGCUGGACAACGCCUAUUUGCCACCAUCGGCGGGACUCACCAAAGUGGCCACGUACACUUCGCCGGGAUACACUUACAGUUCGGCCACGCCGGCUGUAUCCAAGGUGGCCACCUACUCUUCGCCAGCGCUUUCGAGCAUUCCCUACUAUGCGCCACCGGUGACCUCCAAGGUGGAGACCUACAGCUCACCUGGGUACACCUACUCCAAGGCCACUCCUGGCUACUCCAAGGUGGAGACCUACAGCUCUCCGGCCUACAGCUAUGGCCAGGUCUCGCCGGCAAUCUCCAAGAUUGCCACCUACUCGCCAUCGGUUUCGUAUUCGGCGCCAGCAAUUGCCAAGGUGGCCACCUACUCCGCGCCGGCUGUUAAGCUGGCCACCACCUCGUCACUGUUGUCGUCCCAUGGAACCGGUUACUCGGCCAGCUAUGCGCCAUCCAUAACCAAGUACAGCCAGGCGGCGGAUGUGUCCCACCAGUACUUCUCCAAGCCCAUAGUGGCCGCCUAUCCAGCUGUGGCUCCGGCGGUUACCAAGGUGGCCGCCAGCUACGGAGGCACUGCAUCGGGAGCUCUUUCGCACCAGUAUGUGGCUCAGCCCGCCAUUGCCAAGGUGGCCAGCUAUGCUGCCCCAGCGGUGGCCACCUACUCGUCCGCUCCGGCCAUCACAAAGCUAUCCACCAGCUACGGAGCCUCGGGAUCGGGAGCUGUCUCCCAUCAGUACGUGUCCAAGCCAGCCCCGGCCAUUGCCAAAGUGGCCAGCUAUGCUGCUCCUGCCAUUGCCAGCUACUCCACUGGACCUGCCAUUGCCAAAGUGGCCACCUAUGCUGCUCCCUCUGUGUCCACCUACUCCUCGGCUCCUGGCUACGGAGUAAGUGCCUCGGGUGCCCCCUCCCACCAGUAUGUGUCCAAGCCGGCCAUCGCCAAGGUGGCCACCUAUGCCGCUCCAGCCAUAUCCACUUACUCCGCCGCGAAAGUGGCCACUGGCUACGCAGCAUCCGGCCAUGGAGGAGCUGUCUCCCAUCAGUAUGUGUCUAAGCCAGCGGUGGCCAUUGCCACUGCUCCUGCCAAGAUAGCAACCUAUGCUGCCCCAGCCAUUUCCACAUAUUCCUCAGCUCCGGUGGUGACCAAAGUGGCCACUGGAUAUGGAGCAUCCGGCCAUGGAGGUGCCGUCUCCCAUCAGUAUGUCUCCCAGCCAGCUCCUGCCAACGCCAAGGUAGCCACCUAUGCUGCUCCGGCCAUCUCGAAAGUGGCCACCUAUGCCGCUCCAGCCAUAGCCACCUAUUCGGCGGCACCUGCUCUCAGUAAGGUUUCCUACAGUCAGGCGGCCGAUGUGUCCCACCAGUACAUCUCCAAGCCCAUUGUGGCCGCUGCUCCGGCGGUGGCCACCUACACAUCCGCCCCGGCCAUCACCAAGCUGUCAUCCAGCUAUGGAGUCUCGGGAUCGGGAGCCAAAGUGGCCACCUAUGCAGCUCCUGCCAUCGCCACAUAUGCCACUGCUCCUGUGGUGACCAAAGUGGCCACUGGUUAUGGUGCAUCCGGACACGGAGGAGCUGUUUCCCAUCAGUAUGUGUCCAAGCCAGCGGUGGCUAUUUCAGCCGCUCCUGCCAUUGCCAAGGUGGCCACCUAUGCUGCUCCUGCCAUCGCCACUUAUUCUUCGGCACCCAGUCUCGCCAAGAUUGCCACUAGCUAUGGCGGAUCAGGCUAUGGCGGAUCGGGACAUGGCGGAGCCCUGCUCGCCCAUCAGUAUGUUUCGAAACCAGUGGCUCCCGUUCUGUCCAAGACCUACUUGCCUGCUGCUCCGGCCAUCGCCCUGCCCGCCAAGGUGGCCACUGGUUAUGGAGCAUCCGGGCACGGAGGAGCCGUCUCCCAUCAGUAUGUGUCCAAGCCAGCGGUGGCCAUCGCAGCUGCUCCUGCCAUUGCCAAGGUGGCCUCGUAUGCCGCUCCUGCCGUUUCCACCUACUCAGCGGGUCCAUUGCUGUCCAGUGGCCAUGGAUACGGAAGCAGUGGCUCGGGAUACAGUGCCGGAGCCGUCUCCCACCAGUAUGUGUCCAAGCCAGCGCUGGCCAUCGCAGCUGCUCCUGCAAUUGCCAAGGUGGCCACAUACGCAGCUCCUGCAGUGAGCCACCUGUCCACGGGACAUGCCGUCGCCUCCGUUCCCCAUUUGACCACCAAAGUGGCCACUGGGUAUGGAGGAAGUGCAGCGGGUUACAGCUCGGGAGCAGUCUCCCAUCAGUAUGUGUCCAAGCCAGCUGUGGCCAUUGCUUCAGGUCAUGCCAUCGCCAAGGUGGCUUCGCCAGUUGGACUGGGACUGGGAUUGGGACUUGGUUACGGGGGCAAUGGACAUGGACACGGAGCAGCUCUUCUGGGCGCUCCUCUCACCAAGUUGACUUCGGCUCCAGCUUACUCCUUGGGAGGUAAACUGGCCACCAGCACCGGCUACGGAAUUCAUGCGGGUAACUUAGGCCAUGGAGCGGAUCACAGUGGUGGCUAUUACGGAGCCAUCUCGCUGGGUCAUGGUGCGGUGUCCCCGGCCCUCAGCUACCACGGUCUGCUGUCCCACGGAUCUGGUCUGUCGCAUCCGGCCACCUCCUCGCUGGCCCACCUGGACUCCUCCCUGAGUGGAUACUCGCACGGAGUGGGUGGAAUCGGACCGCUGGGAGCCGGUUUCUAUCGCUAUGCUCCCAGUGUGCCAGCGCUGAGCAGCCACGCCCCCGUGGCAGCCACCGCCUACCUUAAGUCGGCGCCGGUGGCUCAGCAUGCCGUGCUGAAGGUAGUGCCCGAGAAGCAUCUGGAGCACUUUGAUGCCCAUCCACGCUAUGCUUUCGAAUACGCCGUAAACGAUCCUCAUACGGGCGACAACAAGCACCAAAAGGAGGAGCGCGACGGGGACGUGGUCAAGGGCGAGUACUCCCUGGUGGAGCCCGACGGCAAUGUGCGCACCGUGAAGUACUACGCCGACUGGGAGACGGGCUUCCAUGCCGAGGUCAUCAACAGUCGCGAUCAGGGCAAAAUUGUGGCCAAGCGCCAGACGGAAGCCAAGUCGUGAGUUCUUCACAGGUCGCAAAUUGUUUUGUUCGUUCAGCAACUGUAAAUAGCCUCAAAUCCAAUCUUCUUCUCAUUAUACAUUAAACGUAUUUAUGUAAACCCCACAACGGCCGCCAUCUUGCCAUGAUAUAUCCAAUAUCCGACUAUAUAUCCGCCAACCACGCCCACACCGUCCACACCGCCCACAACGCCCACUCUGGAUCCCCCGAUACUGUGCUCAUGUGAUAAGCGUUUCGUUUAAUUGAACUGCUUGCGCCGCUCUCAUCUCAAACUGCGCGCCUCUUAUUAGGCCCAACUAUUUGUAUUUGUACAUAAACGGAUUGUAUAUUGAUAUUUUGUAAAAUGUUAAUUUCAAAUAAACGACAUUUAAGAACGCCACAGUCGGGGGUGCUCGACAAUGAGAUUGGCUCAAUGUGUUAUUGAUUGGCAUCAAUAUUAGAACCUCGAUUGCUUUUAAGACCUUAGUCACUUACUUAAAAUAUUUGGUAUAAAUCCAAACCAAAAGAAUAUAUUCGCUGAAACCAAUAAUACGAAUAUAUUAUUUUUGAAAUAAUUAAAUACUUAUAUAUUUGGCAAAACAAUGUAAUGGGAAUAUUUUGUAUAGUUUUGUUUCCUGAUUGUGGAGAAGCUCUUAUUUAAAAUUAUUAAGUAAACAUUAAUUUCAAAUUAAAAUUUGCCCAGAUACCCCAGAUCAGAAAUACAUAUAUAUGCAUAUAAUAUUAUGCAAUAACGUAAUAUUUGAAUAUUUGGUAAUAUAUUG